GUCCCUCAGGGGGGGAUAAGGCGCCCUGGGGCGGCACCCCCACCGGGGAGGGGCGGUCUCUGCCUCCCAGCUCCUACGGCGCUGUGUUCCGCUGCGGCCGCCCGGGUGCGGGGGGUUGUCGUUACUGUGGCACUGCCUGCCCCCGUGCUGUGGGGGCUAGGGGGACCCGAACUGAGGGGAGGGGGUGAGCGAAAAACGGUGUGGUGAGCGGCGACAGGGAAAACGUGAAGAAGGCAGAGGGCCGUGUGUCUUUUGUGAAGUAAAUAAACGCUUUAAAAGGUUAAGGAAGAUCGGGUACAUCAGAUAAAGGUGAAAGAAAGGUGCUGUGGUGAAAAGGGGAGAAAAAGAGUUAACGUUUUCCCUUAAGAUGUUCUGAAUCAGUGAUUUUUCUUCUUGUGGGCUCAGUAGUUGCUACUGUGUGGGCAUUUAUUCCCUCGGGUAGGAAAUCUUGUAUUUCUUAAACAAAAAUUAAUGAAGAAGGAAAGGUUUAGUCUGUUACAUGUAUGAUUAUACAUUUUGGGAAGCCAAGACCUUUGCAGAAAAAGAGGGACUUGCUAUAAGGAAGGAUGGAUUUAGAAAAGUAGGAGUGACUGGAGACAGAAAGACAAAAGUGAUCUUGAAGCAUCAAUGGUUGUAUUCUUCCUAGUGCUAUUAUGAGAGGUAUAUUGUUAAGCAACGAUUGAAAUUUCCUGAAAAGUAACAAGUAAAAUAUAGAAGAUUUCCUUUAAUAAUAAAGUAUUCCUUUUCUUUUAUGUUAGUGACUUUUAUUGGCAGACUUCAAAGUUGCUUCCAACCAUCUGCUUACAAUAGAAACACAGCUACACCCCCGGUUGUCAGUAGUAAUGAGGACAUGGAAUAAAUAACCUUCUGGAACAGCAAUAAAGCUAUGUUUGACUGUAUGCAAGUAACCCAUCAUUUUGCAAGCUCCUAGCUAUGGGAUUUUAGUAAGUAAUAAAGCCAUGCUUGCAGCUUUGUCAGUCUGUAUCACAGAGAAGCAGCAAAUGGAUUCAGUGUACGAUCUGUGCCUUAAAAGAAAUCAUAUUUGAGUUCCCUUUUAUCCACCCUCUUACUUCCUCAGGCCUUAUCUGACGUGCAUGGUUUACCAAGUCAAGAAAUGCUGUCAUCAUGGCUUUUCAUUUGGAUCAAGAAAUGUGUGGUACUUGGAGUUUCAGCUGCUAUUCGGCUCCACCAGCCACAUCACCAGGGCAACAUGGCAUUCACAGGCAAAUACGAAUACGAAGGCGAUGAGAACUAUGAUGAAUUUGUCACAAAGAUUGGUCUCCCCAGUGACAAGAUUGAAAUGGGAAGGAAUUGCAAAAUAAUCACUGAGGUGGUGCAGAAUGGAAAUGACUUCACUUGGACGCAGCAUUUCCCAGGAGGCCGCACCACAACCAAUACAUUCACAAUUGGCAAGGAAGCAGAAAUGGAGACAAUGGGUGGCAAAAAGUUCAAGGCAACUGUUAAAAUGGAAGAUGGGAAAAUAGUAGCUGAUUUCCCCAACUAUCGUCAUACUUCAGAGAUUUCUGGAGGAAAGCUAGUAGAGAUUUCUACUUCUUCUGGUGUAGUCUACAAAAGGACCAGCAAAAAGAUUGCAUAAGGCAGUAAAGCCAACCUCUUCCAGUGCACUGAAAAGCAAACAAUACAAAUAAAUAAAAUAGAAUGCUGAU